CAUCAACCAUCGACGUUCGACUCGACAUUCGAUUCGACAUUUUUAAUUCUAUUUUACUUAAAAUUUUGCUAACAUUACUGUUUAGCUAAGUUUAAUUAACACAUUUACUAGAAUAUUCAAAUAUUAAACGAAUUUUUCUUUUGUGUAAAUCUAAAACUCCAUUCCUGUAUGUUGUUAUUUUUGUGGUUAUGUGUUUUACGAUGCUAUAGUGAGUUUCCAGAAAAGUCCUGUUUUUAAUAAUGUCUGCAAAAAGACAAGCAGAGACACAGCUAGAUUAUGAUAACUGGGAUCAAGAGGAACCUGUGGAGAAAGAUGAAGGUGGUGGUUUUAAAAUGGCGCCAAAAGAAAUUCUUGAGAAACGUGUAAUACGAACCGCUAAAAGGCGGUCGCAAGCCACGGGCGAUACGGCACAGAACAGCAUUUUUAGCGGUUUUAGUGGAUUUAACAAAACACAAAAAACAUCCUUUGAUUUUCUGGCAAAUUUAACAAACGGAAGCAAGGCAAAUAUUGAGCCCGCAACUCUCAAGAGCGACACAGCAGUUGUCUCAUCCAGUUCUGUGAGCAAUAAGCCAGCUAGUAGUCCUACUAGUGGAGUCUUUAGUUUGUCGGGAUCAUCAACACCUAUUACAAAAUCAGUGUUUGGUCAGUCUGACUCUACUGUAUUUGGUGGAACAGGAGCUACUCCUGCUUUUACACAAUCUGUGUUUAGCUCUUCAAAACCAGAUUCCACAGUAAAUGAUAGCCCAUUGAAAGUUCAGUCUUCAGUUAGUUCUACACCAUGUAAUACUUUCUCCCUAAAAUCAAACGCAAACCCAGAUAAAUCAACCCCUCAAGCUUCUUCAAACUUAUUUGGAGUGUCCUCUUCAAAUGUUAAUAAUAACAGCUCCCCAUUUUCAGCUAAACCUAAUAAAUCGUCACCUAUUGCAACUCCCACAACUGAUGCAAGCCCUUUAGAAUCAAAAGAAAUUAAACCAGCUAAGAAAGUUGUUAGUGAUGAAAAUGAAUUAAUGUACUACAACAAUUUGAAAGCCUUAAAUAAAUCUGUGUGUGCAUGGAUUAAUAAACAUGUUGAAGAGACACCUUUGUGUAUUUUGAGUCCAAUAUUUAGAGAUUAUGACAAGCAUGUAACAAAUCUCAGACUGGAGUUGGACAAAAAUAAGAAAAAUAAAUCUGGCCCAAAAGACAAUGAGGACAAGAAAAAUUCUGUAACAUCUGGGAACAAUUUAAAUUCAACAUUAUUCAAUAGUUCUCCUUCCAAAUCUGUAUUCUCUGUGACUCCAACUACAACAAGCUCAACGGUUGCAAAAACAUCGAGCUUCACCUUUGGUAUCAAUACUUCGUCUACUCCAAGUACUACAAGCUCAACGGCAGUGACAACUUCAAGCUUUAGCUUUGGUAUCAAUACUUCCUCUACUACAAGUACAUCAAGUUCAAUGGGUGACAAAACAUCGAACUUCACCUUUGGUAUUAACACAUCCACUACUACAUCUGCCAAUAAUAACUUAGCAACUACUGUAACUCCGAGCACUGGAUUUUCCUUUGGAAUUAAACCAACAACAGCUACAACUUCUCCGUUUGGUGCUAAAACGACCACAAGUGAGAAUAAUGGUGGUACUCCAUUCUCAUUUGGUGUAGGAAAGCCUUUCUCUUUUAAUUCAAAUAUACAAAAAACUGAGGAGCCAGCUAAUGAAGGGGAUGCCAAUGAAGAUGAGCCCCCUAAAGUAGAGUAUAAUCCAAUUGCUGAAGAAAAUAGUGUGUAUGAUAAAAAAUGCAAGGUAUUUGUAAAAAAAGACGGCAAUUAUGUUGACAAAGGUGUUGGCACACUUUAUAUUAAGAAAAUAGAAGAGACGGGAAAACACCAGUUGUUAGUUCGAGCGAACACAUCUUUGGGCAAUGUCUUAAUAAACAUGAUAUUAAGUUCAUCAUUGCCUACACAGCGUAUGGGUAAAAACAAUGUCAUGAUGGUCUGUAUACCUACUCCCGAUGCAAAGCCUCCGCCGGUGUCUAUUCUUUUAAGAGUCAAAACAUCAGAGGAUGCCGAUGAACUACUUGCAACUCUGAAUAAAUUUAAAACAUAAUUUUGUAGUACUGAUUGUAUUUUUUGUAUUGUAUCUUUGAAUUAAGGUAGUUGCUGAUUGAGUUUUUUUACUGUAUCAGCUGAUGCAGAUGCUGAUUUUGUUCAUAUCAAUGUAUACUCAGAGGCACAAUUAAUAAUUGUGCCUCUGAGUAUAUUUUUUGUAUUGUAUCUUUGAAUUACGAUAGUUGUUUGAGUUUUUUUCUGUAUCUUAAUGCUGAUUUUUUUAUAUCAAUAUCAGGACGCUGAUGUGCUAAUUAAUGAAUUAUUUAUUUAACAAAUUAUUUUCCAGAAUUAUUAGAAAAUGACUGAUUUUAUAUAAAACAUUUUUCAUUGAUUUUUUGAGAAGAUAUUUUGAAUUUGUUAAUGUUGGGUUAGUAAUUUUUUUCUUUAUUUAUUUCAUUAUUUCACUUGCCGGCAUUUCAUUUGUGCUGACAUAACUACAUAUAACUCGGCCACUAAGUACUAAGACAUGAUUGACUUUUCUGCAUAAUUUACUUAAUUGUUUCUUAAUAUUUAAGAAUAGUUUUUUUAUGAAAUAAAACAUAUUUUUGAAUUUUCCAUAUAGUUA